UGUAUAAUAGCUGAUUAUAUGUAUACUAUGUUGUCAGUUUUGUCAUGGAAGUGAAUCUGUGAAGAACUAAAUUGUCGCGCUCGUGCCGCGUGAUUUCGUAUCGCACAUUAUAAGUGAUCUAAUCCGUCACGAAUGACAUUAAAAAAUUCGAAAAAUUUGUACAACUGCAGAAUUGCAUGUGAAAACACUAUCGUACUUGGCCUAGUAAUGAUAUUUUUUAGAACAAAGAAAACUGCCUAAAACUCUGCUGUGGAUGAUAAGAAAAAAAAAUUUUUAUUGCGACGAUCGUUGAAUUUUCACUAAUUAUUCCGGGAUACGGGAGAAAAAAAUGACAUCAAGAGUGGUCUCAACGUCGAUGGAUUCAACAGUUCGCGAAUCUGCGGCAGAGAUGAAGCGCGUUGGAAAAAGGCGGAUGAUUUUCAAUGUUGUAGCCUUGAGUAUAGCUUUCAUGGUUCAUUUCACAGCGUUUGCCGGAAUAAAUAAUCUGCAAAGUUCGAUAAACGCUGGACUCGGACAAGCAGCACUUGCCACUAUUUAUGGCAGCCUGAUUUUUAGCAACGUGUUUUUACCAGUUGUCAUGAUAAAAUACUUGGGGUGCAAAUGGGCCGUUGCUAUCUCUUUUACAGCGUACAUGCCCUACAUUGCGGCCCAAUAUCACCCGGAAGCUUAUACUUUGAUACCAGCUGCCCUAGCCGUCGGUUUUGGUGGAGCUCCUUUAUGGUGUGGAAAGUGUACAUACCUCACAGUAAUCGCAGAGGCUUAUUCUUCGGUUACGAAAAUUCCCUCUGACGUGCUCGUCGUCAGGUUUUUCGGUUUAUUUUUCAUGAUAUUUCAGUGCUCGCAGAUAUGGGGAAACCUUAUAGCUUCGACAGUUCUUUCAACCGGAGAGUCGAAUGAUUUGAAAGCACCGAAUUUAACAUUAAUCAGAAGCAUUUGUGGCGCAAAAUUUUGUCCUGGUUAUGCUAACGACGAAACUUUGCUGCCACCGAGUGAAGAUAAGGUAAAAAUUAUUGCUGCAAUUUACCUUGGUUGCAUGGUUUGUGCUGUGGGUAUAGUAGCGAUUUUCGUUGAUCCGUUGUCGAGGUACGACGGUGGUAGGAAAGGAAGCGGAACUGGAAUCGGAGGUCUCAGACUCCUGGCAAUAACGCUCAAACUUUUGAAGGACUUCAAGCAAAUCCUUCUUUUGCCCAUUACAAUAUGGCUAGGAAUGACCCAAGCGUUUCUCGCCGCUGAUUACACGGCUGCAUUUAUUACCUGUUCUUGGGGAGUGAGGAACGUCGGGUACGUUAUGAUUUGCUACGGUGUAGUGAAUUCCUUUUCGGCAAUCACCACUGGCUGGAUUGUUAAAUUCACUGGGAGGCAAGCCGUCGUAUGUUCAGCAGGACUUUUGCACCUCGGACUUAUUAUAUUUUUACUAAACUGGGUGCCCAAUGGCACUGAGGACGAAAGGUACAAAUUUUUUCUAAUCACCGGGCUAUGGGGUUUUGCAGACGGAGUUUGGCUCGUGCAAAUCAACGCCUUCUGCGGUAUACUUUUUCCUGGAAAAGAAGAAGCGGCAUAUUCGAAUUUUCGUCUAUGGGAAUCUCUGGGAUACAUCGCCGCUUAUUCGUACAGUGCACAUCUCUGCAUCAUAUUAAAGCUCUACUUAUUAUUGGCCGUGAUGCUCAUAGGAGUUACAGGAUAUUUAGUUGUCGAAAAUUUGAAACCUCGAAGGCGUCUUAGGAAAAUAAAAUCUGCGGAACAGACUUGAAGUUUAAUUUACGUUCAAUUUAAUAAAGAUAAAUAAUAUUUAAA